ACCCUCGACUACAUAAGGGCACUUCGAGCCCUCUUUCGCCCUCUUCUCCCCCACAUUCUCUCUCUCUACAGAUUUUCUUUCUCUCUCUGAUCUAACCUAAUUUUGAUUGGAUUUUUCUCAUAUUGGGGCUUUGAUAUCUACUCAUUUCCCUCCAUUAAAUCCCAUUUUUUGGGGUUUUUUUUUCUCGUUAUUUAAGCCUCAAUUUUCUGGUUUUUAAGCAAUUUUUCACAAUGCCUUCUGCAUAUGGAGACCGAAUGACCACCUUCGAGGACUCAGAGCGGGAGAGCGAAUAUGGAUAUGUUCGCAAGGUGUCAGGUCCUGUUGUGGUCGCUGAUGGAAUGGCCGGAGCUGCUAUGUAUGAGCUUGUUCGUGUGGGUCACGACAAGCUCAUAGGGGAAAUCAUUCGACUUGAAGGAAACUCUGCUACAAUUCAAGUCUACGAGGAAACUGCGGGGUUAAUGGUGAAUGAUCCUGUCCUGCGUACACGCAAGCCUCUCUCUGUGGAGCUAGGACCUGGCAUCCUGGGGAACAUCUUUGAUGGAAUUCAGAGGCCUCUUAAAACUAUUGCCAAAAUAUCUGGUGAUGUCUAUAUACCCCGUGGUGUGUCCGUUCCAGCCCUUGACAAGGAUGUCUUGUGGGAGUUCCAGCCCAAGAAUUUUGCUGUUGGGGAUCUUCUUACUGGUGGUGAUUUAUAUGCUACCGUCUUUGAAAACAGUUUGAUGCAGCACCAUGUUGCUCUUCCCCCUGGUGCAAUGGGCAAGAUAUCUUAUGUUGCUCCAGCUGGUCAAUACUCACUCAAGGAUAUCGUGUUGGAACUGGAGUUUCAAGGUGUAAAGAAGGAAUUCACUAUGCUCCAGACUUGGCCUGUUCGUACGCCAAGACCUGUUGCUGCCAAGCUUCCUGCUGAUACACCCCUCUUGACUGGACAGCGUGUACUUGAUGCUCUUUUCCCCUCGGUCCUUGGGGGAACCUGUGCUAUUCCAGGUGCAUUUGGCUGUGGCAAAACAGUCAUUAGUCAAGCGCUUUCAAAGUACUCUAAUUCAGACACUGUGGUCUAUGUUGGUUGUGGGGAACGAGGAAAUGAGAUGGCAGAAGUGCUUAUGGAUUUUCCCCAAUUGACAAUGACAUUACCUGAUGGGAGGGAAGAAUCUGUCAUGAAGCGUACAACACUUGUGGCUAACACUUCAAAUAUGCCUGUCGCAGCUAGAGAGGCAUCCAUCUACACUGGUAUCACCAUAGCAGAAUACUUCAGAGACAUGGGAUAUAAUGUUAGUAUGAUGGCAGAUUCAACCUCUCGUUGGGCAGAAGCCUUGCGUGAAAUAUCUGGCCGUCUGGCUGAAAUGCCUGCUGACAGUGGGUACCCAGCUUACCUUGCAGCACGUUUGGCUUCAUUUUAUGAGCGUGCUGGUAAGGUGAAAUGUCUCGGUCGACCAGAUCGUACUGGUAGUGUGACCAUUGUCGGUGCUGUUUCGCCUCCUGGAGGAGACUUCUCAGACCCUGUUACUUCUGCGACUCUUGGUAUUGUUCAGGUUUUCUGGGGUCUAGACAAGAAACUUGCUCAGAGAAAACAUUUUCCUUCUGUGAACUGGCUGAUUUCAUACUCGAAGUACACCAAGGCUUUGGAGUCUUUCUAUGAGCGGUUUGACCGGGAUUUUAUAUCUAUUAGGACCAAAGCCCGUGAGGUGCUCCAGAGAGAAGAUGAUCUGAAUGAGAUUGUUCAGCUUGUUGGUAAAGAUGCCUUAGCAGAGACUGAUAAGAUUACACUGGAGACUGCAAAGCUUCUAAGGGAAGAUUAUCUUGCCCAAAACGCUUUCACACCAUAUGACAGGUACUGUCCGUUCUACAAGUCUGUUUGGAUGAUGCGGAAUAUUGUCCAUUUUAACACAUUAGCCAAUCAGGCUGUGGAGAGAGGAGCUGGUCCUGAUGGCCAGAAGAUCACAUAUGGCAUAGUCAAACAACGUUUGGGUGACCUCUUCUAUCGAUUAGUGUCACAAAAAUUUGAGGAUCCUGCUGAGGGAGAGGAGGCACUGGUGAAGAAGUUCAGCAAGCUGUAUGAUGAUCUCACCGCCGGUUUCCGUAACCUUGAGGAUGAGUACCGUUGAUUUACUUUGGGUGGUAAAGUACUGUUUUGUCAGUGGGCACCAUGCCUUUUUGGAAACAUUUUGUGUUUUCAUUUGUAGAAAUCAAAUGGACCACACUCAUAUCGGCUUGCGGUCCACGCAAAUCGGCUAGCCCUUCUCUUGGUUUAGUGUCCGCUGGCAUGCUCUGCCUUAUUAUUUCUUUAUUAUUCAAAACAAUAAGGUUUGGGUGUGUUGUUUUACUUUAAGUGAAACGAGAGUGUUCAUAGUGAGAUUUUGAUGUGUAAUAUUUGGCAGUUUCUUGCACUUGUGGCUACUAUUUGUUUUUUGUGAUUUAGUUUGAUUAUGUGGGUUGGUGAAUGUAUUGAAUUUCUUCA